CUGGUGACAGUGUGUCUCGCGAAUUGUAGACAGACCGUCGAUAGGCAACGCGUUAUCGAUAUACUCCAAUUUCAUCGGGUGAGAAACGUGGUUUGUUGGAAGCAGCCGGAGAAGGUAGACGUUGCUCUGUUAAAUAAAUUUGUGAAAAAAAAGAAAUUGUUACAAAAAAGAGAAUUAAACAGAACAGUUUAAAGAACACAAUUUAUAUAAACGAAAUACGAUGGAAAAUCAAAGCAACGCAGCACCCGUUGCCGCUGCCGCCGCCGCGGAGGUAUCAUCGACAACUCAACCUGCGGAGCCGACAAAGCGUUCGUUGCGAGUGCAGACCUGGAAGAAGAUCCAGGAGGGUAAAGUUGGCCUUGGCUUCAAUGGCAUCUUUAACCGCAUCCCUGCAUUCGUUGAUGCUGACAAGGCUGCUGCAUUGCUCAUUCAGGAGGAGGAGUUCAAGAAAGCACAGCACAUCAAAGUGACCAUCGAUAGGGCUUUGCACGAUUUUAAAGAACAGGCAUUGCUGGCCAAUAAAUCGGUCUAUUUGCCAAGCACUCGCGACUCGUCGGCCCUCUUCCUCAAGGUCGAAGUGCCUGAGGAUGCCACCGAUGAGCAGAAGAAGGAAUCGCUGCGCGUCCAGGAUAUACAGAAGUUCCGUUCGGAAAUUGGUCUGGACAGCAAAUUGAAGCUUGAUUUGGUGGUCAUUGGCUCGGUGGUCGUUUCACGUGAUGGCUAUCGCAUUGGACGCGGCAAUGGUUUUGCCGAUCUGGACAUUGGAUUGCUCAUUGAGCUGGGCGUGAUUACGCCACAAACAGCCAUUGUGACAAUUGUACAUGAUGUGCAGGUGGUGGACACACUGCCCGUCAAUCUGUUCCAGAAAUACGAUUCCCCUGUGGACAUCAUUGUCACACCCACUGAGGUGAUUCGCGUGGCGAAGCGUUUGCCACGUCCCAGUGGAGUGUUCUGGGAACUGCUGUCCGAGCGUCGCUUGAAGAUCUUGCCUGUGCUGCAGCAGCUGAAGGAGCAGCUUGAGAAGUCGGGCAAGACCAUUGCCCUGAAGGAGGAGGAUACCGAUGUUGAGCAGCAUCAGAACAGUAGACGCCGUCGUGGACACUUGCGUCGUCGCUUCCAACGAGGAAACCCAGGACGCACCACCUCACAGACUGACAACGAACAACAAGGCCAGGAGAAUGCGCAGAAGCGUGCUCCACGCCGCAAAGGUCGUUUCGUCAACCGCCGCAGACGCACAAACAAGUCUGAAGGCGAUCAGUCUGGUGUCGAGGUUGGUGCUAAGAGUGAAGAUCGUAAAUUCGAUGAGGCCGGUGCGGGCGAGCGUCGCCCCAAGCGGAAGAAUCUGCCGCGUCGUGACUUCUGUGUUAAAUUGUCAAAUCUGACACGCGACAUUCGCGUUAAGGAUCUGAAAACAGAGCUGCGUAAACGCGAAUGUAAUCCAUUGGCGAUUUCAUGGAAGGGUCACUUUGGAAAGUGUUACUUGCACUUUGGCAAUCGCAAUGGCGGUCCAAGCACCCAGGAGGAUGUGGACAAGGUGCUCAAGUCGCUGAACGAUCUCUCGCUGACAAUCACCACCGGCGGUGGAGAGUCAGCACCGGCAGCUGGUGCCGAGGAGCCGCCAGCAGAGAACGCCAAUGCGCCAGUGCAAACGAAAACCAUAAAUCUGAGUGUGGAGCUGCUUAAGAAUAGAAAGAAGGCUGAUGGCAAUGUCACUGGCGGCGAAGAGGGCGGCAAUGCUAAUACAACCAGCCCAGUUAACGGAGCAGCGGCUGCCGGCGGAGAAGGUGGAGCCGCCUCACGUAUCGAGUCUGUGGACACCACCACAGUAUAGUAUGAUCAAGUCAGUAGCGCUGCCACAAAAAGGCCCCGGCGGAUGUCCGCUGCCAGCGCCACGUGUGGAGUUCAACGAAAAAGAGUAACAUUUUGUUUAGAACAAACCGAAAAGUAACACAAGCAAACAAACAAACAAAACAAACCGAAGUGAGCUCCAAAAAACACAUACACACAUACAAACUCAUACACACACAAAACACACACAUUUAUACUUUACAGCUUGUAGUUUCUUCUCAUUCAAUCUUAUUUCUUUUUUUAACAAACAAAAACAAGCGACAGGAACUAUUAGAUUUUCGCAACAACAACAAACGUGAAUAACUGACGCUUUUUCUUAACAAUUGCAUUUGUUUUUGCCUUCAAGAAAAACAAUACAGACAACUAAAACUAAAAAAACGAAAACAAAAAUAGAUUUCAUUAAAGUUUUAAUGAAUGAAACAUAUAUUAAUGAAAUACUCGUUCUACUCGUUCAUCUUCAAGUGGAUCAUCAUUUCAAAACUUAAUAAUUCUUCUAUACUUUCUCUUUAGCUUGUCCUUUCUGUCUGUGGCAAGUUAUAUAAAUACAAAUAUAUAUAUAUAUAUAUAUAUUUUACGAUUUUCUAAACAUUUUCCCCCUCCAUUUUUGCCUCCACCCGGCCACACGCUGAGCGUGUGUUCGUGCGUCCCUCUCCGUCCCCGAGAACAGUUGAGCUGCUAUCGUUGGGAUGGGGCGGAGGAUGGACACGUGCAACACGCGGCGUGCGACGUGUGGUGGCAUGGGCUUUUGUGUAAGAAAUGUUGAUAUUCGUAAAUUAUUAAUAACCCACAAAAGCCACAAAACACAAAAAACUUCAAAAAGAAAAAAAAAAAAAUUCGUGGAUAAAAGAAAUUGAAUUAACAAACGAAAAACAAAAACUAUUAACAUGUUGCAUUUUUGCUGAAUGAAAGAAAAGGAAAACAAACAAAAAAAAAACAAAAAACGGGAAAUGAAAAACAAUAAAACAUGAUAA